UACGGGACUUCGCUUUCAGAAGGGUUUAAAAAGGAAGCUGCGACAAGGGUGUCCAAACAGUGAAGCCUCCUCUGAGUAAACAGCAGAGAGAAAGAAGAGCUCAAAGAAGAAGAAAAAAAGGGUGGGGAGCAGCAACAAUAUCCCUCAAGUGAAUUCCAAGGAGGCUACAAGUCAACCCAAACAGCUAAAAGGACUCUUUUUCAUCUGCAAGAAUCAUCUACCACUGCUUCUUUCUUUUGACUGGUGGCUGAAUUUUCGAAGCAGUCUAAAUUUAAGCAGCAGCAGCGCCCGUGAAAUCAACCUGAGAAAGAAAGAAAAGAAAAAAUAAACCCCAGGGAGCUUCUAUUUGCUUGAAAGAGAAUUAACUUUUCACCACGUCCAGUGACAGAAUUGCUCUGCCUUUUUCUAAAGCCCAACCAUCCACCAUGAGCUCCGAGCAACUGGUGCACGAUAUGGAGAAAGGGAGCAUCGUUGUCAUCCGGGAGCCGUCUCCGAAAAACAACCACUGGAAGUGUCUCAGCAUUUGUUCCUUCUUGCUUCUGAUUGGAGCCGUAACCGUCUUUGCCCUCUUGCAACUGGACGCAUUUGGGUUGUCCGAAAAGCAGGACUCUAAACUGCAGGGAAAUUCAUUUUCUGAUCAUUUGCCCGCCACAAUGAAAGUGCAAGCCUUAAGGUCUGGAAAACCAGCUGCCCAUGCUGUUGCUUCUUCCCACACUUCACCACAACUGAAUUGGACUACAGAUGUGAUUCCUACCAUCCUGGAGAAUGGCAUGCAGCUGGAUAAGACCGAAAACUCCCUUAUCGUGCCUUCUACCGGGUUGUACUUCGUCUACUCUCAGGUUUUGUUCCACAAGGACACCUGCAGCAAAUCUCUUCUGCUCACCCACAGCAUCACCUGCUGGUCCUCAGAGUUGAACUCGGAGAUGGAACUGCUAAAAUCCAUCAAAUCUGUCUGCGAAGAGGUCUCCAGCAAUAAAAAACUGUGGUUUGAAUCGAUUUAUCAAGGGGCUGUUUUCCAGCUGAACAAAGGCGCUCGCUUGUGGGCCAAAACAAAUCACCCUGAAUAUCUGGACUUCACUCAUUCAACACAGAUUUAUUUUGGGGUCAUUGCUAUGUAAGAAAAGACUUUAUGAUGCCUACGGACAACUUCAUGCUGUCAUCCAUGUACUUCAUGUAUCUUCAUUGGGUGGUUUUGGUUUUUUCCGGCUUACAGAGAGAUCCACAAAACCUAUACGUAGGCAGACAGUAUUAGCAUCCUUAGUGCGAGUCUUUUUUUAAACUGUCUAAACAUUUU